UCAAUGAAAUUUAUCCAGUAUGGACAUACUCUUAUUUAGUGCUGCUGUUUCCAGUCUUCUUGGCAACCGAUUAUCUCAGAUACAAGCCAGUCAUCCUUCUACAAGGACUAAGCCUUAUAGUAACAUGGUUUAUGCUUCUCUACUCUCAAGGAAUUCUAGCUAUUCAGUUCCUGGAAUUAUUUUAUGGAUUAGUGACUGCAACAGAAAUUGCUUACUAUUCUUAUAUUUAUAGUGUUGUGGACUUGAACUUGUACCAGAAAGUCACAAGCUACUGUCGAAGUGCUGCCCUUGUGGGCUAUACUGUGGGCUCUGUCUGUGGACAAGUCCUAGUGUCUGUUGUAGGCUGGUCCCUGUUCAGUUUGAAUGUGGUGUCACUUACUUCUGUAUCUAUUGCCUUUGCAAUAGCUUGGUCUCUGCCCAUGCCACAGAAAAGCUUUUUUUUUCACCAUCGCUCACGCCUCCAGGUCAGUAAGGAGAUGAAAGUUUUAAAUUAUAAAAAUGGAACAAUUAUUCAACACGAUCCUGCCUUAAAGAAGGUUCCUGGGUUGGAAGAUGUGGAAUUGAAGAUUCCAUUAAAUAUAGAAGAACAACCUGCAGAGGAGCAAGAGCAAAAGGUGAACAUUAUGAAGGUAAUCAAAGAACUCUGGCAGGACUUCUUACAGUGUUACUCUUCCUGGCCUCUGGUUUGCUGGUCUGUAUGGUGGGCCCUGUCAACAUGUGGCUAUUUCCAGGUCAUCAAUUAUGCUCAAGGCAUGUGGGAAAUUGUGUUGCCUUCUCAGACCUCUGAGAUCUAUAAUGGUGCUGUGGAAGCAGUUUCCACAUUGUUGGGUGCUGUGGCUGUAUUUGCUGUGGGAUACAUAAAAGUAUCUUUUCUUACUUGGGGUGAAAUAGUCUUAGCCAUGUUCGCCUUCUUCAUUGCUGCAGCUGUGUAUCUCAUGGACACUAUUCAUAACAUUUGGGUGUGCUAUGUUUCGUACAUGGCAUUUCGAAUUGUCUAUAUGCUGCUCAUUACAAUUGCAACGUUCCAGAUUGCUGCAAAUCUAAGUGUAGAGCGCUAUGCCCUUGUAUUUGGUGUUAAUACCUUUAUUGCACUGGCAUUGCAGACAGUACUCACAUUCAUAGUUGUUGAUGCAAAAGGUCUUGGCCUUGACAUAAUAACACAGUUCAUGAUCUAUGCUGGCUACUUUGCUGUCAUAGCAGUAUUGUUCCUGAUAAGUGGCACAUACAGUAUUAUCAAGAAUUUCUGGAGAAAGGAAAGGAGAAAUGAUGCUGUUGCAGAUGAUGCUUAAAAUACAAAGGAUGAACUAAUUUGAUAGCUGGUGGGGCAAAACUAUAUUUAAAUAUGAUGGUUUAUAUUUAUGAAACUAUUGUUACUUUAAAACCACUAUCUGUAUUGUAUUUGUACUAUAUUAGUAGCAUAUGUUAGUAAAAUGCAUUCAUCUUAUAUAAGUAAGAAUGCUGUAUUUAACAACAUUGCAUCAACGUGCCUUUUGUAGACAAAGUCUACACAGGGAGGCGGGGGGAUCUGUUUUUUCCUUUAGCCAGACCAUAAAACUGUAAAUGAAAAGUGAUGGUUUUUUAAAAAAAGCAUAGCUUAACUAUCCUUUCGGUAUUCUUUAUAUGUUGACUUUUAGAAACCUAAAACUGUGGCACAGUGAUAGAACUGCAAUCAGCAGCAUUCUUUGAAACAAAUUGGCCAUGGCAGGAUACUGCUCAGUUUUGGUAAUUGCACAUUCUGAAUAACAAUUAGACUUUUCUGUAUAAGCAAUCAAAAUAUUUUUCAUUCUGUAGAGUGAUUUUGAUAAAUUUAGAGAUUUUAGUUCUCUUUUGUUGCCAUUCCUGAAGUGUCAAGUGUAUAUCCUAAUUUAUUAAUAUUAAAAGACAAUGAUUAACAGAAGCAGAAAACCUCCUGGGAUUCAAAAAUAGGUUGGCAUUUGGAUAAUUUCUAUUGGUCAUAUUAAGCCUUUCAGCUUCUCCAAAGAAACUUUUAAAUUUAUGUAUUCAUGCUGUUGUUAGUAGACUUUCACAAUGUCUGAGUAAAAGAAAUGGCAGCUGUAUCAUUCUGCAUUAUCUGUCCAAGUAAUAGAAAUUGUCUUGAUUGCUGAUUCUGCCAAUGAUGAUUGUAUUUUUGAAUUGUGGAACCAAUGCAUACAACAGUACUAGAUAGGACAUCAUUACUUGGAUUGUUUUGGUGUUUUCUAAUACAUCCAUAAUUUGGAUUUAUUAAAAUCCUCUGGGGUGAUUUUUGGAACCUUCUGGGGUUACCUAAUGUAGACUAGAUAUUUCAUAAUAAGUGCAGAAAAGGAAAAAAAGUGCAGAAAAACACAGGAAGUUCUAUUUGUUCUUUAAAUUUAGAGAAGGAAGAGUUCAUGUGUACUUUUUGGCUUGUGGGGGGGAGUUGAUUUUUUUGUUUUUUAUUCCCUUCCUGCCAGUUACAUUGCCUAGCAGGAUUUGCUUCAGGGUGUUGGAUUAGUUGCUAAAAAUACCAGCCUUGGCUAUAUGAUGAAAAAGUUCAGUGACGUGCGGUGAGGUUUAUGGCUGGUGAGGCACUGACACAGGAGUUUCAAUUUUUUUUAGACUUGU